GGCUUUUUCGGCAGGUGAGGUUCCCAGACUUGCUGCUGCUAUGGCAGAGACUGUGCCUGUUUCUGAGACACACCCAGAUUUGCCAAGGAUCUUGUCUGUUUUCUGAUUCCUCUGCCAGAUUCCUCACACUGAUCCAUAAGAUUUCUGGGCGCAGGUACUUUAUUCCUGAAAAUGAUAUCCCACCUGGCAAUUACUCCCAGAGAGGUGACCAUUUCUCUUGUAAUUUUGGUGAUAGUUUUUGUGUUUCUAAGAGUGCUGAGGAGCAAGGGAAGAAAGCAGGUGUCUCCUCCUGGCCCGCUGUCCUUCCCCAUCAUAGGAAAUCUUCUCCAGCUUGGAGAGCAUCCUUACCUGACAUUCAUGGAGAUGAGGAGGCAAUAUGGAGACAUCUUUCUCCUCAGACUUGGCACCGUGCCUGUUGUGGUGGUGAAUGGAGUGGAAAUGGUCAAGCAAGUGCUACUCAAGGAUGGAGAAUAUUUUGCAGGCAGACCUAACAUGCACACGUUUUCUUUCCUGGCAGAAGGAAAGAGUCUUACAUUUUCAGUGAACUAUGGAGAGAGCUGGAAGCUUCAUAAAAAAAUCGCCUCGAAUGCUUUACGAACUUUUUCUAAAGCAGAAGCAAAAUCCUCCACUUGCUCUUGCUUACUUGAGGAACAUGUCACCGAGGAAGCUUCUGAGCUGGUGAAAGUCUUUGUAGAGUUGACUUCCAAGAAUGGCAGCUUUAACCCCAGAAGUGCUAUAACCUGUGCGGUGGCCAAUGUUGUCUGUGCCCUUUGCUUUGGCAAGAGAUAUGACCACGGUGAUGAGGAGUUUCUCAGGAUAGUUAAAACAAAUGACGACUUACUCAAGGCGUCCAGUGCCGCUAACCCUGCCGAUUUCAUUCCAUGCUUCCGCUACCUGCCUCUGCGAAUUAUAAAUGCUCCCCGGGAGUUUUAUCAGGCCCUGAAUCGGUUUAUUGCCCUACAGGUACAAGAUCAUCUUACUACAUAUGAUAAGGACCAUAUCCGAGACAUUACUGAUGCUCUGAUUAAUACGUGCCACAACAAAUAUGCUGCUACCAAAACUGCCACCUUAAAUGACAGUGAAAUCAUAAGCACUGUGAGUGACCUCUUUGGAGCUGGGUUUGAAACGGUAUCAACAUGUCUGUAUUGGAGCUUUCUUUAUUUGAUACGCUACCCAGAUAUUCAAGCCAAGAUUCAGGAAGAAAUUGGUAGAAACAUUGGGCUGAAAUCCCCCAGAUUUGAAGACAGGAAAAUUUUACCAUACACAGAAGCUUUCAUAAAUGAAAUAUUCAGACAUACUUCCUUCCUUCCUUUUACUAUUCCACACUGCACCACAGCAGACACCACUCUGAAUGGCUAUUUCAUUCCCAAGAAAAUUUGUGUCUUUAUUAACAUGUACCAAGUAAACCAUGAUGAAACAAUUUGGGAUACUCCGAACUUAUUCAGACCUGAGAGAUUUCUAAACAAAAAGAGAGAACUGAAUAAAACUCUUGUUGAGAAAGUUAUGAUAUUUGGAAUGGGAAUCCGGAAGUGUCUGGGAGAAGAUGUCGCACGAAACGAGACAUUCAUUUUCAUCACCACUGUCCUGCAACAGCUCAAGCUGAGAAAGUGCCCCGGAGCCGAGCUUGACCUGACACCUAUGUAUGGGUUAACUAUGAAGCCAAAACCAUACCAACUCCAGGCAGAACUUCACUCCACAGGGAGUCUGUCUACUUAGAUAACAGUGAGAGGGGGGUUUCUUAUUUCAUUCAAACUCAGUUCCAGUACGACACUGUCUCAUGAGAAUAUCUUAUGAUGAUAAUUAAGUGUGAUGUAAAUUGGGGUUAAAUCCUAAUCUCUCAAUAGAUCACAGUAUCAGAAUCGUAA